GCCUCUGCAGUCGUCUGGAGUCAUCUGCCACACACAUAUAGCCUGCUUGCUGGACCAAGAGGCUGGCAGUAUGGCGGAAACUAUUACCAUCAUCAACAACUCGGGGAAGAUCAUCAGCACGGGCAAACAACUGUUGGGCAUCUUCAAGGACGCCAAGGCCGCCUACCAUGACAGAAAGGCCCAUCUCAAAGGGCCGUCGCCCGGCAUCAGGCGCGCCCAGACCUUUGAUGUCGCCCACGAGGUAGCACACGAUCAGUACCCGGGCCAGUACCCGCCCAGCCAGUACGACGACUACGACUACCCCCAGUCGCCGCAGCAUUACCAGCACAAGCCCGAGCAGCGCUAUAUCGAGGCCCCUCGGCGCCGCUCUGUGGACGAUGACGGCCGCUCCGUGGCGUCUUCACAGCGCUCUCACCGCUCCCACCGCUCCAGCCGCACCAACGGGACCAGCAGGACGAGCAGGACCAAGCACGGUGAUGGCGGCGCCUCCGAGGCCCGCCGUCCCCCGCUGACCAUGUCUAACCUGCGCACCCACUCCGAGGUGUCGUCCACGGCGCCUUCGGCAGUGCCCCGCGCCUACCGCUCGCCCUACGCCGAGACGGCGCCCCGUGACAUGAUGGUGUCGCGUCCCACCCUGGCCCACGCAGCCACCAUGCCGCCUCCGAGUCAAGCCGGCGACGCGCGGGCCAUGGUGCUGCCCGUCCACCCCGGGCCGCCUGGCCAUGCGGAUCUGUACUACAACGCGCCUCCGUCCGAGGCGUCGUUCCAGCAGGCGCCGCAACAGGCCCUCGUGACCCGUCCGCGCUCAGACCCCGCGCUGCGCCCCAAAAAGUCCAUCGACAUGGACCUGGCAUACGGCAGCGUGCCGCCCGACCUCGAGUCGCGCACAGACCUCGAGCCCAAGCAGGUCGAGGUCAAGGACCCCGAGCAGGAGGCCCGCAGCCUCAUGGAACGCAUCGAAAGCAUGCUGAUCGAGGCCGAGUGUCUGCAGCACUCGGCGGCCACCAUCAUCGACAGGCUGCAGACCAACCCCGAGGCCGCCGCGGCCGUGGCCCUGACGCUGGCCGAGCUGAGCGCACUCCUGACCAAGAUGAGCCCCGGGUUCCUGGGCGUCGUCAAGGGCGGCGCCCCGGCCGUCUUUGCCCUGCUGGCCAGCCCGCAGUUCCUGAUCGCCGCCACGGCCGCCGUCGGCGUCACCGUCGUCAUGUUUGGCGGCUUCAAGAUCGUCAAGCGCAUGAGGGAGGGGCAGGCCCGCCAGGCGCUGCCCAUGCCGGCCCAGCCCGCCAUCGAGAUGGGCGCCGUGCCCGCCUGCGCGCCGUCGGCCUACCCGGAGACUGCCUACCCGGCGUCGGGCUACCCCGCGUCGCACUACCCCUACCCGCCCACGCAGUACGCGCAGACCGAGUACGAGCCCUCGCCGCACCCGCAGGACUACGAGCGCGGGCCGGGCAGCCACUACGAGGAGGCGCUCGUGGUCGAGGAGGAGCUGAGCAGCAUCGAGCGGUGGCGGCGCGGCAUCGAGGUCGACGAGGAGACCGGGACGAUGGUCGACGAGGAGCUCAUCAGCCCGGAGGCGCUGCGGUCCACGAUUGGCGACGACGCCAUGUCGGUGCGCACCAAGCGGACCAAGAGCCGGCGCGACGAGGUGCCGGAACGCAAGAGCAGCCGCAAGGAAGAGGAGCGGAAGAGCCGCAAGGACGAAGACCGUCGCAAGCACAGGGACGACGACCGCAAGCACCGCGACGACCGCAAGCACCGCGACAACCGCAGCGAGGCGGGGAGCGAGCGGUCGUCGCGGUCCAAGAAGACGCGCAGCUCGGUCAAGGCCAUCGAGGACGGGAGCCGGGAUCAGGCCCCGACGUUGGACUCGGUGCUGAAGAAGGAGAAGAAGGGCAACAUGCUCAAGUCACUGUUCAAGAAGAAGGAGCGGGAGCGGGGGGAGGUUUCUGUGAUGGCGUGAGUGAUGGUGUUUACGUCGACAGACUGUUAUGCGUGCUUUUACGGCUUACGAUUCGAUUCUACGAUUUUGCUUCUUGUACAUACUACUUAUACACGAUAGAUUUAUGCUUUUGCAAUUUCCUUGUUCGUAAUGCAGUUGAAGCCUGGUCAGCCCUUGUA